CCAUUUAUUUUUGGCAACAGCAAACAAAUCUUUGUGAGAUGCUGGAAGUUGUUGUUACCACCGUUAGAGCCAUCUGGUAUUCAAUAACAUUUGGGAGAUGCACAUGUCGUUCAAAGCAGUUGUCAGUUUUUGUACUGGCAGAUGAACUUUACCCUAGUUAAAAUCAAAUUGCCCUAUUCGGCAGACAACAGAAUGCCUUGGAGCUGUGCCACCUGGCACGGGCUGUGCCAGCCUUCCAGCCAAGAAAGAAAUUGCCGUACAAACCCAACAGAAGGGUGUAAUCUUCUUUCAUACUGGGAAGCACUGAUUUCGGGGCACUCAGUUUUGAGUAGAUGGCUGCAGGUGUGAGAUGAUUCCUGAAUGGUUCUGCUAGUGUUCUUGGCCUUGUUGCUUGGGGUGUGGUUGGUUUGGACCAAGAUGGCAAAACGUCCUCAACUUAGUUCAAAAAAACUGAAGCUUGAGCAGGUGACCCCUCCUGAAGUCCAGGAGCUGCCUUCCAGCGGAUUCCCUCCACAGUUCCCGGAGGACGGGAUGGAAGCUGCAUCGUCAGAGCCCAGCCAGGCCCCCGCAGCCCUGCUGCACCAGCCCCCUCCCUGCAGCCAGACGUCCACAGAGCCCUCUAAGCAGCCUGCACGUCCCUCCUGCCAACUCAAACCCCCCAUUCCCCGCUCUUCCUCGGACUGUUUGCCGUCUCCGGCUGCUGAUUCCACAAGGCCUUUGAGCCGGUUUGUCAGUGUCUCCUCAACACAGCUCCUGAGGCAGAUGCGGUCCCUGUCCUGCGAAGAGCAGGCUGCCAGCCCUGCCCGAAGGAAGCAGCAAGCAAUGCCCAAGUUUGUGUUGGGCUCCUUUGAAGACAAUUCUUCCGAUGAGGAGCUUGUAGCUGGAGGAGCCUUUCCAACGGGCAGGAGGAGACGGAGCAGCCUGGCCAGCCUCGGCCCCUCCUCCUCCGUGGACGCGGAAGCCGGCACUGUCAUGAGAACCAGCAUGUCAGGGAUGCACCUGGUUAAGAAAGGACGGGAGCAGAGGAAACUGGAUCUCCACAGGGACUUCACAGUGGCAUCACCUGCUGAAUUUGUGACUCGUUUUGGAGGAAACCGUGUUAUUGAAAAGGUCUUGAUUGCCAACAAUGGCAUUGCAGCCGUGAAGUGCAUGCGCUCCAUCCGCAGGUGGGCCUAUGAAAUGUUCCGGAAUGAACGAGCCAUCAGGUUUGUGGUUAUGGUGACACCUGAGGACCUUAAAGCCAAUGCAGAAUACAUCAAAAUGGCGGAUCACUACGUGCCUGUCUCUGGUGGAACCAAUAAUAACAAUUAUGCCAACGUAGAAUUGAUUUUGGAUAUCUCAAAAAGAAUUCCAGUGCAGGCAGUAUGGGCUGGUUGGGGGCAUGCCUCUGAAAACCCUAAACUUCCAGAGUUGCUGCACAAACACGGGAUUGCUUUCCUAGGCCCGCCCAGCGAAGCCAUGUGGGCCCUGGGGGACAAAGUGGCUUCUACCAUUGUGGCCCAGACCAUCCAUAUUCCAACGUUGCCGUGGAGUGGCAGCGACUUAGUCGCUGAGUGGACCCAGGAGGAGAAGCAGCAGGUGGGAACGCUCACGGUUCCCUUGGAAACAUAUCAGCAGGGUUGUGUGCAGGACAUGGAAGAAGGCUUGGAGGCGUCCAAGAGAAUUGGCUACCCAGUGAUGAUCAAGGCCUCCAAGGGGGGUGGCGGCAAAGGCAUCCGGAUCGUGGAAGGAGUGGAGGAGUUCCCUGCCCGCUUCAGACAAGUGCAGAGCGAGGUCCCCGGGUCCCCCAUUUUCGUGAUGAAGUUUUUGCAGCACACCCGUCACCUUGAAGUCCAAGUCUUGGCCGACCAGUACGGGAACGCCAUUUCCUUGUUCAGCCGGGACUGCUCCAUCCAGCGGAGGCACCAAAAGAUCAUUGAGGAAGCCCCUGCCACUGUGGCGCCUCCUGCUGUUUUCGAGAACAUGGAGCAGUGUGCUGUGCGCCUUGCCAGAAUGGUUGGCUACGUCAGUGCAGGGACCGUUGAGUACCUCUACAGUGAAGGAGGGAGUUUCCAUUUCCUGGAGCUGAACCCCCGCCUGCAGGUGGAACACCCCUGCACGGAAAUGAUCGCUGACGUUAACCUGCCGGCUGCUCAACUCCAGAUUGCCAUGGGGGUCCCGUUGCACAGAAUAAAGGACAUCCGGGCUCUCUAUGGAGAGUCCCCGUGGGGUGACAGUCCCAUCGCUUUUGAGGGCCCCAGCAACGUUCCAGUUCCCAGGGGCCACGUCAUAGCAGCACGAAUCACCAGUGAAAACCCUGAUGAAGGUUUCAAGCCCAGCUCUGGCACCGUGCAAGAACUGAAUUUCCGCAGUAAUAAGAACGUCUGGGGAUACUUCAGCGUGGCAGCCGCCGGUGGCUUGCAUGAAUUUGCAGAUUCCCAGUUUGGACACUGUUUCUCCUGGGGAGAGAACCGUGAGGAGGCCAUCUCAAAUUUGGUGGUAGCGUUAAAGGAGCUGUCCAUCCGUGGUGACUUCAGGACGACGGUCGAGUACCUGAUUAAGCUGUUGGAGACAGAGAGUUUCCAGACAAAUGAGACUGACACCAGCUGGCUCGACCACCUGAUAGCAGAGAAAGUGCAGGCAGAGAAACCAGACGCCAUGUUGGCUGUGGUCUGUGGUGCCCUUAACGUGGCAGACGCCUCCUUUAGGACCUGCAUGGAUGAUUUCCUGCAUUUGCUGGAAAGGGGCCAAGUCCUGCCAGCAGCCUCCCUUCUGAACAUUGCUGAUGUGGAACUUAUUUACGAAGACACCAAAUAUGUGCUUAAGGUUGCCCGUCAGUCCCUGACUACCUACGUUAUCAUAAUGAAUGGCACCCACAUUGAGAUUGAUGUGCACAGGCUGAACGACGGGGGGCUCCUUUUCUCCUACAACGGCAACAGUCACACCACAUACAUGAAAGAGGAGACCGACCGAUACCGCAUCACCAUUGGCAACAAAACCUGUGACUUUGAAAAAGAGAAAGACCCAACCCUGCUCCGUGCACCCUCUGCAGGGAAGCUGCUGCAGUACACCGUGGAGGACGUGGCCCACGUCUGUGCAGGUCACAGCUAUGCAGAAAUGGAGGUGAUGAAGAUGGUGGUAUCCUUGGAAGUGGAGGAGUCGGGCAUCAUCCGUUACGUGAAACGGCCGGGCACGUUGCUGGAGGCGGGUUGUGUGGUAGCUAGGCUUGAGCUAGAUGACCCCACUAAAGUUCACCUGGCCCAGUUGUACAUGGGGGGGCUCUCCCCUCAACAGCCCUUGCCCAUCCUUGGCGAGAAGCUGCAUCAGGUCUUCCACAAUAUGCUGGAGAACCUCCAGAAUUUCAUGGACGGGUAUUGCUUGCCAGAGCCUUAUUUCUCUGCCAAGAUCAAAGAGUGGGUUGGUAAACUGAUGAAGACCCUCCGGGAUCCUUCCCUUCCCCUCCUGGAGCUGCAGGAGAUCAUGACGAGCACUCUGGGUCGGAUUCCAUCCUCCGUGGAGAAGUCAAUCCGGAAAGUGAUGGCACAGUAUGCCAGCAAUGUCACUUCGGUGCUCUGCCAGUUCCCCAGCCAGCAGAUUGCCAAUAUUUUGGACAGCCACGCAGCCACCCUGCAACGAAAAGCCGACCGGGAAGUCUUCUUCAUGAACACCCAGAGUAUUGUGCAGCUGGUUCAGAGAUAUCGCAGUGGCAUCCGAGGUCACAUGAAAUCUGUGGUGCUGGAUCUGUUGAGGCGAUACUUGCGGGUGGAGACAAAGUUCCAGCAAGCUCAUUACGACAAGUGUGUGAUCAUCCUGCGGGAGCAGCACAUGCCCGACAUGACCCCAGUCCUGGAAUGCAUUUUCUCCCACGCCCAGGUGGCCAAGAAGAAUCUCCUGGUGACCAUGUUGAUUGACCAGCUCUGCAGCCGAGACCCGACCCUGACCGACGAGCUGAUGGCCAUUCUGAAUGAGCUCACGCAGCUCAGCAGAACGGAGCAUGCAAAAGUGGCCUUACGGGCCCGGCAGGUGCUGAUCGCCUCCCACCUGCCAUCCUACGAACUGCGGCACAACCAGGUGGAAUCCAUUUUCCUCUCUGCCAUCGACAUGUAUGGGCACCAGUUCUGCCCUGAAAACCUAAAGAAACUGAUUCUUUCGGAAACCACCAUCUUUGACGUCUUGCCCACCUUCUUCUAUCACUCCAACCAGGUGGUGCGCAUGGCAGCCCUGGAGGUGUACGUGAGGCGAGCCUACAUUGCCUACGAACUGAACAGCCUGCAGCACCGCCAGCUGCUGGACAGCACCUGUGUGGUCGAGUUCCAGUUCAUGCUGCCUUCAUCGCAUCCAAACCGAGGAAGCAGCCCCACCCUCAGCAGAAUGUCCGUGCCGGUCAGCAUCUCAAACCCAGACUUGGCCAGGCACAGCACCGAGCUCUUCAUGGACAGUGGCUUUUCCCCACUCUGCCAGAGAAUGGGCGCCAUGGUCGCCUUCGACCGAUUCGAAGAUUUCACCCGGAAUUUUGAUGAAGUCAUUUCCUGCUUUGCUGAACCCCCUACAGAGAGCCCUCUCUUCAGCGAAGCGAGAUCCACGUUCUACGAUGAAGACGACAACAGAAAUGUCCGGGAGGAACCCAUCCACAUCUUGAACGUGGCCAUACGGUGGGCAGAUCACCAGGAAGACGAGGAGUUGGUGCCGAUCUUCAGAGCCUUUGCUCAAUCCAAGAAUAAUAUCCUUGUUGACUACGGGCUCCGAAGAAUCACAUUUUUGAUAACCCAGCAGAGGGAGUUCCCAAAGUUCUUCACCUUCCGAGCACGGGACGAGUUUGCCGAAGACCACAUCUAUCGCCACUUGGAACCGGCCCUGGCUUUCCAGCUGGAGCUGAAUCGGAUGCGCAACUUCGACCUGACGGCAGUGCCGUGUGCCAACCACAAGAUGCACCUGUACCUCGGGGCUGCCAAGGUGGAGGAAGGUGCCGAGGUCACUGACUACCGAUUCUUCAUCCGGGCCAUUGUCAGGCACUCCGAUUUGAUCACCAAGGAGGCCUCUUUCGAGUACCUGCAGAAUGAGGGGGAGCGCCUGCUCCUGGAAGCCAUGGACGAGCUGGAGGUGGCCUUCAGCAACACCGGCGUUCGCACCGACUGCAACCACAUUUUCCUCAACUUUGUCCCCACCGUGGUCAUGGACCCGUCCAAGAUUGAGGAGUCCGUGCGGUCCAUGGUGAUGCGGUACGGGAGCCGGCUCUGGAGGCUCCGGGUCCUUCAAGCGGAGGUGAAGAUCAACAUCCGCCUGAUGCCCACCGCCCAGACCGUCCCCAUCCGCCUCUUCCUCACCGACGAGUCCGGAUACUACCUGGAUAUCGGCCUCUACAAGGAAGUCAGCGACCCCAGCACUGGAAGCAUUAUGUUCCAUUCCUAUGGAGAGAAGCAAGGCCCCAUGCACGGGAUGCUGAUCAACACACCCUACGUCACAAAGGACCUGCUACAGGCCAAGCGCUUCCAGGCCCAGUCGCUGGGCACCACCUACGUCUACGACUUCCUGGAGAUGUUCCGGCAGGCUCUCUUUAAGCUAUGGGGAUCCACAGAGGCCGGCCCCACCGAUGUUCUGACUUACACUGAGUUGGUGCUGGAUUCCCAGGGGCAGAUGGUGCAGAUGAACAGGCUGCCGGGAGGAAACGAGAUUGGAAUGGUGGCCUUCAAGAUGAGACUGAAAACCCCCGAGUACCCCAAAGGCCGCGACGUCGUGCUCAUCAGCAAUGACAUUACGUACAAGAUCGGGUCAUUUGGGCCGGCCGAAGAUCUCCUCUUCCUGCAUGCCUCAGAGCUGGCCCGCGCGGAAGGCACCCCACGCAUCUAUAUUGCGGCCAACAGCGGUGCCCGCAUUGGGUUUGCUGAUGAGAUCAAGAGCAAGUUCCAAAUAGCCUGGGUAGAUCCAGCAGAUCCCUACAAGGGAUUCAGCUACCUGUACUUAACGCCUCAGGAUUAUACCAGGAUCAGCUCCACGAAUUCUAUUCACUGCAGACACGUUGAAGAGGCUGGUGAGUCCAGGUAUAUCAUCACAGAUAUAAUUGGCAAAGAGGAAGGCUUUGGGGUGGAGAACUUAAGAGCAUCGGGCACCAUUGCGGGGGAGUCUUCCCUGGCCUACGAUGAAGUUGUCACCAUCAGCAUGGUAACUUGUCGUGCCAUCGGGAUCGGGGCUUACCUGGUCAGGCUUGGCCAGCGAGUGAUCCAGGUGGAGAAUUCCCACAUCAUUUUGACUGGAGCCGGAGCGCUGAAUAAGGUCUUGGGCCGUGAAGUAUACACUUCUAACAACCAGUUGGGAGGAGUGCAGAUCAUGCACAACAAUGGAGUUUCCCACGUGGCUGUCCCAGAUGACUUUGAAGGCGUCUACACCAUCCUGCAGUGGCUCUCCUACAUGCCAAAGGAUAAUCAUAGCCCAUUACCUGUCACCACUCCAAGCGACCCCAUUGAUAGAGAAAUUGACUUUGUCCCUUCCAAAGUCCCCUACGACCCCCGGUGGAUGCUGGCGGGGAGACCCCAUCCAACUGUGAAGGGCUCCUGGCAGAGUGGCUUCUUUGACCAUGAAUCAUUUGCAGAGAUCAUGCAGCCAUGGGCCCAGACUGUGGUGGUUGGGCGAGCCAGGCUAGGAGGAAUCCCAGUGGGCGUGAUAGCUGUGGAGCCCCGGACAGUGGAACUGGCAGUACCGGCUGACCCCGCAAACCCAGAAUCAGAAGCUAAAAUAAUCCAGCAAGCUGGGCAGGUCUGGUUCCCAGACUCCGCUUUUAAGACUGCGCAGGCCAUCAGGGACUUUGACCGUGAGCACCUUCCCCUCUUGAUUUUUGCCAACUGGAGGGGAUUCUCUGGUGGCAUGAAAGACAUGUACGAUCAAGUGCUGAAGUUCGGGGCGUACAUUGUCGACAGCCUCCGGCAGUUCAAGCAACCAGCUCUUGUCUACAUCCCUCCACAUGCUGAGCUGCGGGGAGGUUCAUGGGUGGUGAUUGACCCGACCAUCAACCCUCUCCAUGUUGAGCUCUAUGCAGACAAAGAGAGCAGGGGAGGCAUCCUGGAAGCUGAAGGAGCCGUGGAGAUCAAGUUCAGGAAGAAAGAGCUGCUCAGAGCCAUGAGGAGGAUCGAUGCCACCUGUGCACGGAUCGCUCAGCAGCUGGGUUCUCCGGAACUCUCCCAAGCGGAGCGAAAAGAACUGGAGAAGCAGCUGAAGGGGCGAGAAGAUUACCUCCUCCCCAUCUUCCACCAGGUGGCUGUGCACUUUGCCGACCUCCAUGACACUCCCGGGAGGAUGCAGGAGAAAGGAGUGAUUACCGACAUCCUUCAGUGGAAGACCUCCCGCACAUUUUUCUACUGGCGGUUGCGGCGCCUCCUGCUGGAGGAGGUCGUAAAGGCAGAGAUCCUGAGUGCCCACAGCGAGCUGAGCGACAGCCACAUCCAGUCCAUGUUGCGACGCUGGUUCCUGGAGACGGAAGGCGCAGUCAAGAGUUACCUCUGGGAUAAUAACCAGGUGGUGGUGGCCUGGCUUGAGAAACACCUGCAAGGAGAGGACGGGGCAAAGUCGGCCAUCCAGGAGAACAUCAGGUACCUGAAGCGCGAUUAUGCCCUGAAACACAUCCGGAACUUAAUCCAAGCAAACCCGGAGGUUGCCAUGGACUGUAUCAUUCACAUGACCCAACACAUCACUCGUGCCCAGAGGGCUGAGGUUGUUCGUCUCCUGACAACUAUGGACAAUCCUUCCCCCUCCUGAGCUGAGGCACUGACAGUAGGAGGGAUUGCCAGUCCGCUGAUGAGGGAAGGACCCAGCAGUAAACCAUACAAACUUGCAAACUCUGUUCUGCUACAGCUUUGCAACAUGGCAUUUGUUUGUCCUGAGUUACGACAGACAGAGUAUCCCACGGUCCCCAGGAUUGCUCCCGCCCCACACUCAGCUGUCAGUAUAUUCCCAAACCAUCUGUACCUACAGUAUAAUGUCCAAGGAAAGUGUUUUACACAACACAGCCUAUAAUGUACGUUUAAAGUAAGUGCAUUUUCAAUUAUUGCAGAGGGUUAUCUCAUAAGAUAAGAAAUUCUCUUUCAAAAAACUCAGGACGCUCUUCUUUAAGCAUCUGUUGGAGAAAACAGAUGUCAGCAUCUACUACCAAGCCAGUAUCAAGAUCAAGUGGUUUGGGGAAACUUCCAAACAGGUCAUACAGGACUACAUUGCACUCAGGCACAACUGUAUGGAAUACUCUGCCCUCUCCCUAAAAGCAUUUGGUUUUACUUUGAGAAUAGCUGAAUAUCUGGCUGUUUGCCUAAUGAAGGAGAUUCUCCAUUUCUCCCCUGGAAAGGUGAAGGUGAAAGAUUCCCCCCCCCCCGCCCAAGCUAAGUAUUUGGGUCUUGUCACAAGCUGCCUCUUGUCCUUUCUUCAGGAGAAAGGAAGGCCCAUCCUUGUUCCUAACUGACUGAGAUUUUAGUUAGGCGUUCUAUAAAUGGAUAUGGUGCUAUGUAAUGUAUUCAUGAAAUUAGUGGAUUUUGCUAGAAGCUAGAAAAUCACAAUACACCUUUAAAGGGAUAAAUCAUCUGCAGGUCGAGUGUAUGAUGGACUUGGUAACGUCAGACGCGCAAAACACUUUAUCCCCAAAGUCUUUUCUAAGAGCAUGAAGGAGACCUAGGACAAAGGAGGUGACAGCUGAAGGUAAUUUACAUGGUUCAGCAUAUCCUUUGCAGGGCUGCAUUUCUUGGCAGUUCCACUGAUCCUUCAUGGGAGUGUGGAUUGUCUGUGCCUCUGGAGUUUAAUGCUUGGGUGCAUCUCGUGUGGGACAGAAAUUCUUUUUUUUCUCUCUAAAAGAAAAUAGGGUUACAAACCCCUCCUUCAGGGAAGGAAGAGCCAAGUAACAAAAUACCACUUUUUCUCAUUGGAGAGCUGUUAAUGAAUAUGUCCCAUCCCGGAAGGGAGGCCCCCCAAGGCCUCUGUUGGAAUUGCCGAGUAGCUCCAAAUAGGACAGCUGUUUUGUAAUAAUAGCAACUCUUUUCAUACAGGCCUCAUGUUUGUUUUAUCUUUUGUGAGUUGGAGAUUCAUUAAACAAGUCUUGAUUCUCUUA